AUUUUAGUUACAUCUAGAACUUAUAAUCGAGUCAAACACGUUUUCAAUAAUGUAUAGCUAACUGAAUGAACUCAUGGUACACCUGGUGUAAAGUGCUUACUGGAGUUCAUAGACAUCACAAUUCAAAUACCACCACUUACUAUAGAAAAGUAAAUAUCAGCGCCUUUCCAUCAUUGAUCAUGAUCAACUGACAGGUGUCAGGUCAGGAUUCCGUUUCCCAACGGCCAUAAUAACAGUCAAUAAAUAUUUUAAUUUCAUAGAUUUCGAACCAUAUGACAUAGAUAAUACACAAAAACAGAAAAUAUUAGUUACGGAAAGUAGUUGGUUGAAACCGAAAAUGUUUUUCUUUUAUAGUAAUUUGCGAACUAAUAAUAAUUUACGUUGAUAUCUAAAGACACCGAAAACACAGUAUUCGACGAAAGACUGUUUUGAUGAAUUUUCGAUGAGAAACUAAAAAAUUGAUUGAGUUUUAUUGCGUUGGCACCGCUUCCACACUUCCAAGAUGCAACGGAAACCAGGCUUCCCAGUCACUAAUUGCAAUAUAAAAAUGCCCGACUGCUCCCCAAAUUUGCCAAAUCCUGACAAUAUGCUUGAAGAUGACCAUGAGCAGCAUCAGCGUAGACAGCAGCUCAUCAACUAUGGUCACUCACAGUGGGGCUUCAACAAUUGGAGCUGGAGUGUCACCAAACAAGAAUUGGAUUUCAUCGACUUCAACAACGGGAAGUAUUGCGCCGGCGUCGUCGCCUUUGUAUCGAUCAAAGUAAAGAGUUUCGAUAUAUACAGGGAAAAUAUUGGCUACGCCACUUCAUUCGCCGCCACUAAAGGAUUUGCUAUUUAUAAGUCGCGGAAGUGCGCGGUAACAAAUGCUCUUCGAGAGACACUUCUCAGCUUUGGAGGCAGCGUUGCUGCUGAUCUGAUUGACCUAUUAGAAAACAAAACUGAGUCGGUCCUUAUAGGAACAGAAUCCCACUCUGAAAAUAACUUGAACAUUGCCAACCGGGCUGAGCUGAAGCCGUCUCCCGUGAAACCGAGGAAAGAAGGUGCUCCAGUGGCUCGUGCGCAGCCCAUGCUGGCGGCACUACCGCCCCGCGCUCCGCCACCCGCACCGCAGCCCGUCCCCGCGCCCCCUGUGAGGCCUAACUCCAACGUAAGUUUCGUACUACAACCGCUACAAAUGUACGCUCCAAGGCUAGCACCUCCACCAGUGGGUGCUCCGGUAUUCCCCAACUACUACGAGUGUUCUGGUCCGUGGCACUUCGCCUACGAGUCUUACGACCGCUCCCCUCCCAAUGUGAACCUUAACUUCGGCAUGCCAGCCAAGAACCUCGUGGUCGGCGGUCGGCCCCCCGAGCCUAAUCCCCCGCAGGGUUGCUGGAUCAAACCGACCAUUUUUUACGAUGGCUUCUGGACGGAACAGAAAGUGAAGAAAUGGGUCGCGGAGCAGGUCGAGAAGAGGUUUCCGGACGACGCGGGCCACAAGUCUACGUCUCCGGGUGAUGUCCAACCGGAGUCGAAAUCGUAGUUUUAGUUGUGCCACAAAAUCAUUCUCUAGACCUCUUCUUGACGUGUAUCAAUUAAAUGAUUGUUGUUCGUUGACUGCAUCAGAAAAUUUUACAGUUAUAAAGAUUUAAUAUGAAUUCAGUAAUGUUUACUAUGUGUAAAUAACUUAGCAUCAGUAACAAUAAUAUUAAGCGGAGUAAGCCGGUUAUGUCCGGAAAUCGUACAGUUAGUACACAGACUAUUUUUAUUGAGUGCUUAAACUUGAGAGAUCGCCAUUUUUGCGGGUUCGAUUUUUAUUAUACGAUAUGAUUCUUUUGUCGUCGUAGGCAUCCGUGAACAUUGUAGUACCUAUUUCAUCAGAUUUUUUUUUUAUCUGCCUUUCAUCUAAGGUUGAUUGUAUGGUCUAUAUUCCCUUUGCCAGCUAGAGAUGUCCGAUAACGAUGAUAAAAAAAAAUGCAUAGCCCAGAACGACAAAAAUACAUUAAUACAAAUAUUUAAAAAAAUGUUAAAACCUUUGAUGUACCUAAUUUGAACUAGCGGGCUAUCAGUACUUGAAUCUCGAACAGAAAUGAAAAAAUAUUGUUUUUCGAAUUUAAUAGAAUAGGUUGCGUUAAGAUUUUCUAGCGUUGAGAAAGUGUUUUUACUGACCUGUUUGUGCGUUGCGUGUGUAUGUGUGUGUGUGUGCGUGCGUGUGUGAGUGUGUGUGCGUGUGUUUUUGUGAUUUAUUGAAAUGGCACGAUGGAGAGGAAUUAAAUUUUAUACUUUACACAAUCGUACCAUUGCUUUGGUCAUGUAAAUAAAGAAUAACAAAAAUAAUAGCUAUUUUAGUUAAUAAAGUUAUUAGAUUUGAUUAUAAAAAUGUCCACAUUCCCAUUUUGCAAUUACAUUGUUUUUUUUUAAAUACUCCUAGUGUCUCCAGUAACUGCUAAAUAAAAAGGACGGGGCUUCCGCCUUGAGCUGUUGAGCUCAUUUUUAUUUCUUAUUUUUUUUGUAGAUGGGUGGACGAGCUCACAGUCCAUCUGCUGUUAAGUGGUUACCGGAGCCCAUAGACAUCUACAACGUAAAUGCCGCCACCCACCUUGAGAUAUGAGUUCUAAGAUCUCAGUAUAGUUACAACGGUUGCCCCACCCUUCAAACCGGAACCCAUUGCUGCUUCACGGCAGAAAUAAGCAGGGUGGUACUUACCCGUGCGGACUCACAAGAAGCCCUACCAAUAUUGGUAUUGAAAGAAAGUUAAUGGAUCCAUUGCGGGUGUCGGGAGUUCUGCUGUCCAUAUACACCAGUAGAACCUCAAUAAACUCAGCCGCCAUUUUGACUUGCCAAAUUUUUUUUACUGUCAAUAUUAAUCACUCUUCAUCUUGCCUUAAGUAUUAGGUAUUAGGCAAACCAAAUAAUGUUCUACAUCUAUUGUUUAUAUUUUUUAUAAGCUCAUUAUAUUUUUACUGUUUUAUAAAUCUAUUUUAAAAGAGAAACCGUACAUACCGUAUUGUCCAUAGAUAAUAAAUACACUUGGUAUUUUGGGAAAAAAUAAAAAAUAUGUGUGCUUGACCCGCAAUCUUCUAUCUCUCUCUCGCGCAAUUGAACAGCACGUAUACGUCAACAAUUCACGUAGCGCAUGAAAGAGACAGAUAUAUAAAGUAUCUUUCUCAAAUUAGUCGGGAACGAAAUUUAUUCUCGAUUUUGUAUUCGUGUGUCAUCGGUAAGCCCCCAAUAAUUCUAUUUACAAUAUGUUAGAAUAAUAAAAUAAAAUAAAACAUUACAUACAUACAUUGAACAAUUAAAGUAUUAUUGUAUUUAACGCGUGUCGCUGUUACAUUUAAUUUGUUAAAAAUACGAAAACUAUGUAUAUCAUAUAACAAAAAUUGGUAUUUUAAAACGUUACUUCAACACUUCCUCGUCCUCGACUCGAGCGAGGUUAUAUAGAGUGCACGUCGAGGCACCUCCAAGUCAAUCUUUUUACUUGACGAAUGUGGCCAAAAAUUGAAAAUUCAAAUUCAAAAUCAUUUAUUUCAACUUAGAUGUCAGUAGAAAACACUUGUUGAAUGUCAAAAUAUAAAUAACAAUGUUAACUCUACCACCGGUUCCAAAAAAAGCCACAGUCCUGAGAAGAACCGGCGAAACAAACUCAGCGGGCUUUUUUUUUUGUUUUUUCUCAAAUAUAUAUUUUUUUUUUUUUUAAAUAAGUAAAAACAUUUGCAAUAAACGAAAAAACAAGUCAAAAAAUACAAUUAAAAAAAUUAUAAUAAUAAGGAAAAAUGAAAUAUGAAAAAUACAAUUAACAAUGACGUGGAUUUUCCUCGAUUCCCUUAAGAUAUAUGCUGACCUACUUUGAGUUUGAUGACUGCUUUGAAAGCAGGUAUUCACAAUUAAAUGAAAUACCGUUGAGUUUGGUAGAGUGUCGAGGAAAUUUCGAGGUAGCUCCUUUUAAUUGAGUUCAUGUGAAACUUUUUUCCUAUGAUGUACGUUUUAAUGUUAUGUCUUAUGAAUAUUGUAGUAGUUGUGUGUUCGAUUGGAUGGAUAAAAAUUAUUACUUUUAAAAAUUUUAUCUGUUGAAGCUUCAAGUAUGAAAUUGAUUGAUAUUGUUACCAAGACGCGGGAAACGUAAUAUGUAUUUUAAAAUUAUUCAUCAUUGUGUAGAAGAAAUAAUAGAAGAAAAUCGAAUGGCGAGAUAUUCUUUACAAAAUAAAAAAUCAGGAACUAAUUAUUUAUACGGGCCUUCUUAGGAAAGUAAUUUUUUUGCCUUCUUUAAGUUGAAGAAAAUUUGAUAGGUAUUUUUUAUUUCGGUGUUCAAAAUAAAGUCAUACUAAUAUUUCUUAAUUCAUAGUUUUCCAUUGAACAGAUAGAAUUUUUAAGACUUUUUUUGUAUGGAAUUGCAGUGUUUUUAUAGUUAAAUUAAUAUAGAUUAGUUAGUAGGGAAAUCUGGGAUUUACAUUGCUCUGUUUUAUUACAAAUAAAUUAUUUGAAAAUU